AUGAGUGAUCCAGAUAAUGCCUUCCUCGCCGGCCUUCUCGAAUUUGCUUCGCUUCCCGACAGCAACGGCAACAGCAGUAGCACACCACCAGCACAAACAGACACAGCUUUACACUGCGGUUUCUGCCUGAAAGCCAAAUACAAACACCAGAGUUCUCUGGAUUCACACAUACAGACUUGCUCCCGAGACCAAAACUUCGCAGCUAGAUUCUGGCGUGAAGCCGGCUGGACACGAGCGGGAUUGGAAGCUGGAUUUACAUUCCAAGAUGGACACCCCGUCGUGAAUCCUAAUCGUAUCUGUCAGCACUGUUCAAAAAUAUUCGCCAACCCGUUGGAAGCCAGGAAGCACCUUUCCGCGGCCCGAUGUCUCAGUGUAAGGUCCAGACCAGAUGUCCCCCCAACUGUUCUCUCUGGACUGUGGAAAUGUGGUUUCUGCGAAAGGCAGCCACAUUACAAAAAUCAAAGCACGCUGGAUGAUCAUGUCAAACUUUGCGCUCCCAGACAUGGGUACAAGGCGAAGUUUUGGAAGGAAGCAGGGUGGGGGCCGGAUAGUCGACUGGGUAGAGGGUUGGACUUCAAAGAUGGUGUGGCGACUGCGAAGGCGGAACGAAUCUGUCAGACUUGUUACUCGUGUUGCAAGUCUUUGGUUGGGUUGACACGGCAUUUGAGGAGUGGACAGUGUCCGGGAGAGCCCGAUGAGAAGGGCCAGGAGCCGCCUCCGCCUCCUCCAUCUGAGACUAUUGCUCAUCUUGCGCGGAAUGGUAUCGUCAUGAAGAAAUAUCGCCCUGCUAGUCCCGUCCCAUUGGUACGAACAAAGGAACUUGCAAGGCCCGAGACGAACUCUAGCGCCCCUCUUCGCACGACGGAGAAAGUCAAAUCUUCCACUAUGAUACCUCACUCGACAGAUGGAGUGCCGCCGCAAUCGGCGCGGAAACCUCUCCCUGCAUCGGAGGGAAGGUUCGCGGAAAGUCGCAGACAAAAAGCCGCGAGCGUAUCCAGACACGUUGAGACUGAGGAAACAUCAUCUGAUUUUGAGUUCUUAUCGAAGCUGGUCAACACAGAACCUUCACCCGCAAUCACAGAGCUCUUGAUCAAAAUUGCUCGAGCUGAACCAGAAGCUCGAGCUAUUCCCAAGGCACCAGUCCGUCCGCGACAGAAGCGUAUACGAGAAUCCGAGUCUGCUGUUGCGAGUUUGAGCAGGAAGAAAGCUGCGCGAGAUGAUGGUUGA